AUGAGCCUCGGUAGACGCUUUAUGCUGCCAAAACAUCUGUGCCCGACCUGCUGCCAAUACGGUAUCGGACGCCUGCGGGUCAUGCUGGUGCGCAAUCCCUUCGAGCGGCUCGUAUCUUUCUUUCGAUACAGGUGGUUGGGCUCAGCGAACAAGCGAAGCAAUCGCUGGGAGGACUUCGCUACGUAUGUGCGGUACGUGAGCCAGGUCUUCAACCAGACAGAUGCCUAUCGAAGACUGCCCAGCGAAUUCAGCCACGGAGCGCUCUUGCCCGACAACCGCCAUGAGUUUGAGCAGGAAGACCUCCUGCACACCCGGGCGGUGUCGGAGUGGUUGGCCUCAGCACAGCCACCGCUCAACGCCUCGGACUUCUUCCACAUCAAGGUGGAGGAGCUGGGCCGGAGCCUGCGGGAGCUCUCCCGUCGUCUCUGCGAUCGCCUGAACUUCUGCCAGCCGCUGCCGCAGAUGCCCAAGGUGAACAUCUUCUCCCAGCCCAUCCCAGCGAGGGUUUGGGCAAAUUGCUGGCGCGGCGGGGCAGCUUUGCAGGCUUACCACCGGUACCGAGCCGACUUCCAG